AAGUGAAUAAAAUCUGCCAUUUUAUCUUUUUAAAUCUUAAGAUACACUGCAAAGUGAAGUUUUUCCUAUUCCAAACUUUAGACCUGCAGAGGAACAGCUUUGACUGAAAUGGGUUCCGCUCUCAGAGAGAAACUGCUGAAGCAGCUGGGAGAGUACAUCUUAGAAACUCUCGAUUACAUUAAAACUGUGAAGGAGUUCUGUGUCCAAAAACCCAACUGGACCAAGCAAAGAAAGAUUGAGAUCGAUAAAAUGAGAGACAUCAAGGCCAAGGCUGAGCACAAGAAUCAGACAUGGGGCGAAUACAUAUGGAGCAGCCUGACACAAGCGUCCAGUGCUUCAGAGCUGGAAGAGGAGCUAGGACAAGUUCUGAAGGAUACUUUAGCAGGCCUGGAGAAACUCCAACACUUCCUGGAUGCGGUGGAGAAACUAGCCGUCACCUCUCUCUCUAUCUUUGAAGAUAAGAACGAGAGCUUCCUCCCACACCUAGUGAGUUCCUUGUCUGUACGUUCAGUGAUCUUUGCAGCCAUAAGUGUGUCCCCACUCCUCAUCUACUUCAAGAGAGACGCAGGAGCUUUCUUUCUGCCAAGCCUCAGCAACGUGGAAGUCCUGAUCUUCCAGCUGGACAAAUACAUCAGUGUCACUGAGCAGAUCUGGGAGAAGAUGGAGAAAGGAUCUUCACCAAACCUAAAUUCAAAUAGAGGUGAGGAGUCUGUGCAGGAGGUAUAUGAACGUGUACUCCAGUUAACUAAAAUCAGGAUGGACGAGUCAUUCAGACUGACUUUCCUAUUUGGUGUAAAGGCUCAAGACUUCAUUAAAGUAUUCAGUGAGUGUCACAGCAGGAUGUUUCAGUUCCUGUCUGAUUUAGAGGAAGCUGCAGUUCAGCUGGACAAGAUGAAAAAGGGCUCCAACAUCUCCACUGUGGCUGGAAGUUCAGUUGGUAUUGCAGGAGGUGUUUUGUCCAUCGUAGGUUUGGCUCUCGCUCCUGUCACUGUAGGUGUAUCUCUGGCCCUCACAAUUGCUGGUUUUGGUAUUGGAGUCACCAGUGGUGUUAACGGCAUUGUCACUGCCAUCACUGAGAUGGCAGUCAACAGUCAGCAAGAAAAAAAUGCCAACAACAUCUUCAUCAGUUUUAUGGAAGAUUUGCAGAAGAUCCAGGACUGUGUGGAAGAUGUGGCCACCAGGAAGCCUGCUAAUGCUGGUUCAGAAGCACAAGAUUUUGUUGAUGAUAUUAGUGUUGAGAAAGUGGUAACAGCUGCAGGUGAUUUUGGGCUGCAGAGUGCUAGAGCAGUUAGAAACAUCCCCCAGAUGGCUGCAGUUUCUGAAGUUGGCCAGCUGGCUAAAGGAACUUCUUUGGCCAUUUCAAAGUCAGCCAGGGCGGGGCUUAUUGGAUUAAACGCCCUCUUUAUUGGUCUAGAUGUUUUUCUCAUCUGUAAAGACAGUAUGAGUUUGGCCAAAGGGAGCAAAAGUGAAGUGGGACAGAUCAUUCGCUCCAGAGCAGCUCUGUGGCGCUCAGAGGUGGAGGCGUGGGAGAAGAUCCAUAACCAUCUGUUUGAAGGGAUCUCAGGGUUUAACAAGAACCAGGAAAUUUUACAGCAGCCUUGGCACAUUUAAGGAAUCAUUUUAAUUAAAAUUAUGACCUGGCAGUGAGUGUAAUUCUUCUGUGAUUCCUUUAAAGCCCUAAAUAUUCUGCUUAAAAUGCUGAAGUUGUAAACAUUUAUCAGUCUGUAGUUAUUCACUUCCUGUAGGCAGCUGCAGCAGAUUUCUGUGAGUGUUUACUGAUCUGUGAACUCUCUGGGUGACUGUGUAACAUGGAGGACUAUUUGAGUAAAAUAAUUUCUAUAGAGCCUCUGCAUUACUCUUUUUGCUUUAUUGUUGUGGUGUAGUUUCAGUAUUUACACCCAAACUGUUUAAUUACCUGCAAUUGCAAUGCUUUCUUCCUCCCAUCAGAUUUAAAUACAGUUGUUUAACUUAAAAUGUCUUAUGAUCUAAAAAAAAAAUGAAAACGAUAGUCCCAAGUAAAAUACACUGGAACCUUGGAUUUUGAGUAACACGGUUUGCGAGUGUUCUGCAAGACGAGCAACGGUUUUUAAAUAAAAUUUUGACUUGAAGAACGAGUAUUGGUUCCAAUUAUACUCUUGGUUUAUGAGUACCGAGUAUAAUGUAUCACACAUGUGCUUCUUUUUUUGACGCUGAGCGUCACGUGAUCACAACUGAGCCAACAGUUUUUCUCUCUCUUGCGUUGCGGAAUUGUGGGUAAUCGUCUCCCUUGCUGGGUCUUAGUGCUCGUCUCUCACUGGUAUAAUCACUGGUAUAAUCAACAUCCGUGCACGCGUGUACUGUUUACUAUAACACUGUUACCAUGUAUGUGUGUGUGUGUGUGUGUAAAACAUAUUUUAUUUUGCGUUUGUAAGGGUGUUUGUUCAGCGCGCGUGUGCGUGCAUAUAAAGCAAAAGCAGUCUCAUUAGAGGGUAAAGAUCCAUUUUUUCUUUCCGUCUCUGUAUUAUCCAGUAGUGUUUCACUUUACCCUUGAAAAAAAUCGCGACACACCAGAGUUUCUGGAUAAGGCAGAGUGUGUGUGUGUUUGCACGCUCGUAAUUUGACACCGUGCUCCCACACCAACACACAUACAC